AACCGAUCAUCUGCAGUUGAUUUAUAAAGAUAGCUACUAGUGCCUAUUUUAAAAUGGCCCUCGACGCGAAUCUAAUGUGUGAGUUCUUUGUGAUCACCGGGCUGUCAGCGCCGCCUAGAACAGCUUGAUAGCAGCAAAUAUACCUCAAAUAGGCCGCUGCCUAACACUUAAGUGACCAGUCAUGUCAGCGUCCGAAUACACCUUGCAGUGUAAUUUCCACAAGUGCCGGGUGAAACUGAGUGGGUUUGCGUGGGUCACUGCCUGCUCUCAUAUAUUCUGUGAUCAACACGGUUCGGUCGAGUUUAGCCGCACACCUGCCAUCUGUCCUGCAUGUUCAUCAGUGCUCUCGGGGAAACUUGACGUGCUGCGAACCGAACUGGUCCCAUCAGAACAGUACAAGUCCAUGGUUUUGGUCGGACUUCCACCUGAAACCAUUCUAGAUAUCAGUCAUAAAGCAAUAACGUUCUGGACCUACCAGGUAAACCAAGAGAGGUUAUUUAUGGAGUUCAAUCUGUCCAGAGCUGGGGGACAAGUGGUUCAAAUGGAGACGUUUUUGACCCAGCAGAACCAAAGUAGAGAACUGGAGUUAAAUGCAUUAAAAGGGGAGGUUGCAUCACUGAAGAAGAGGCUGGAGGAAUAUAAGCAGAAGUACAUAGAGGUUUUGGACCGUCUGAAUGAACGAAACAGACAAUACCAGAAGUUACAGGGACUUUUCGAGUCAAAGCAGAUGCACACUCUGGGGACGAGUGAGAAAGAGACCAUGUCCCACCCAUUUACUACAGGCUUGGUGAAACAGCGCUCUCUCCAUAACAGCCCCUCUUUCCUGGGACAAGAGGGUAACAGGUUUUUCUCACUAGGGCCAGAAACCGCCAAUACAUUCUUCCAGUUCAACUCACCGGCCCGGGACAGAACCCACCCUUUCAUUAAGAAAAACUGACUUGUUUGAUUGACUUUAACUUUAAUGCUGACUGUUUAACCGGGAUGUUUGAGAAUGUAUAGGUUUAUAAUUCAUUUGUUAAUUCUGAUCAGUUCUGAAUUUACUGUCAGGUAUACUUGUUUCUGUGAAGUUCUUUGUCAAAAAAAA